GUGCCACAAGCCGCGGGCUCCGGAGGAGCUGCGUUGCCGUCGCAGUCACCGUCGUAGUUGCCGUAGCUGUUUCCUCCGUUCCUCGGGAAUCAUGGCGACUUCUCUGUGGAAAGGGCUGGUGGGGCUGGGCCUCUUCGCGCUGGCCCACGCUGCCUUCUCUGCUGCGCAACAUCGUUCCUAUAUGCGCCUAACAGAAAAGGAAGAUGAAGAUCUGCCCAUCGAUAUCGUCCUCCAAACGCUGAUGGCCUUUGCAGUUACCUGUUAUGGUAUAGUCCAUCUUGCAGGGGAGUUUAAAGACAUGGAUGCUACUUCAGAACUGAAAAAUAAGACACUUGACACAUUAAGGAACCACCCAUCUUUUUAUGUAUUUAAUCAUCGCGGUAGAGUAUUGUUCCGGUCCUCAGAUAUGGUGUAUUCUUCCAACCAAGAUGCUUUGUUGUCGAGAUCUACAGUGAAGUUACGAAAACUUGAACCUCUGCGUCGUUAAGAUUAUUCGUGUUACAAUAACCCGGAAAACGGAGAUAUAAUAUUGGAGUUUGGGGUAUAAACCAGUUUUUAAAAUAUCUACAGCAGACUUUAUACUAUAAAUAUAACCAAGGACUUUGUUUGUACACUGUUAAUGAAAUGGCUGAAUUGUGACUUGGCAAUGCAGUAUAUAAAUUAUUGCGACAAUUAUGCUGUGAAACGUGACUGACCUUUCAUACUUUAAACACUGUUUCAGUUGAUUUUUUUCCAGUUAAAAAAACUCAUUUUUAAAAGUCAGACACUUGAAAAAUUUCAUCGAAGAACAAUGGAGUGUUUUGUAGCAAUUUAUUUUCUUUGGUUUGCUUACACGACAAUUUUAAGGAUUUUUUUUGUGUGUGUGUGGAAAUACUGUGUGGACUACUGAAUUUUGCAUCAGAAGGGUGGAAAAAGCUGUUGGUCUUCAGUUUUUAGUGUUAAAUGUGCUGUAACUGCUUAAUUGCAAUGGUCCUUUGAGGCCAAAAUGGUGGCUCUUCGGAUUUUUUUUCCCUGACCCUUCAAAAGUGGUUACACUUAAAGUUCUUUUCAGUUUUAUCAGUGACUUUCUUCUCCCUACUAUCACCUCCAGCAAGCUGCACCUCCAUCAAUUGAAGAUAACUGUCAUGUUAUUCUUUAACCUCUCUGGAACUUUAUUCAAAUAUGCUAUUUUACUGGGCACUUUUGUGGCAGAGAUUAUUUGCCCUCUCAGAAAUUUAUCUAACAAGCGCAACUUGCUUAAAGAAUAAGCAACCGAAGCAGAAAAUGACAGCCCCAACAGACAACAGAUGGCAGCAGCAGCUUGGCGGAGAAGAAGGCACUGUUCCACAUGACAGCUGUGCAGAAGGAAUGGAGCAGCUGCUGACAUGGAAUGAAAUGGCAGCAGCAUGGGGGACUCUGGGAGCACAUGAAGGAGACUUUGAGAUAUGGAACUGAGAAGCAGAAGCGCAGCUAUUUGCUGGGAGACAGAACCAGGAGAUGUGUUCUAGCUAUAAUGCAACCUUCCUCAUCUUGGAGUUCCAUUUGUAUUCCCUUCCCCACCAGAGUGGAAAUCUGAGAUAGUGUACCUUUGUGUGUAUGAAGGGUGGGGCUGAGAUUGAUUCUACUACUUUAUUUUCCCUUAUUUUCUUUGCUUUUCUUUUCCAAUUAAAUGCUUUGCUAUUUAGUUUAAUGUUCUUGUCUGGUCUGUUGGUAGACAGUAUUUGUGGAAUUUUUUUCUCAAGAUCCUUAUAAGUAUGGGUUUUAUAGAUUGUAUUGGAUUGAACUGAAGAUACUGCAGGGAUCCAGUGAAGUUUUUUUUCCUUGAUAUUUUGAAGACUAGGCUAACCGAUGUGUACAUUUGUACAUUAGCAGACAUGCAACAAUAAAUUACAUUGCUUAAGUUGUUUAUGUUA